AAACAAAAUAAGGAGUAUAAUAAAAUAUAGUUAAAUUCAACCUUCAAAUCUUUUGUGUUGACAGAUGUAUUUAACAAUAUUUUUCUUAUUAAAUGUUUUGGAACUGAAGAAAAAGAGGCGGCAAAGAUGGAUGAUAUAAACUAAAAAUAAGAAGAUAGGAAUAAAACUUAUUACUUUUACUAAUAGUUUAAUUAUGUUUUAGAAUCUUAAUUUACUUUUAUUUAGGGUAUUAUAAUUAUUAUUCAAGUACUUUCACUUAAAAUUGAAAUGCCAAAUUAAUCAUUAGAUAUAUCUUAAUCUUUAACAUAAAUUAUAGCAUACUCUUGGUAUCUAAAUUAUUAUACAGAUAAGAUCGUUAAACUCAUAAAAAAGAGUAAAGAUUUUGAAAAUACAAAUUAUAGAAGCUUAGGAAAACUUAUUAAAUUGCUAAAUACCUAACCAAAAAUUGAUUAAGACAUUUAUAAUUCAACUGGAGAAACCGAUUUACUUAAAGGAGAAAUAAGCUUUGAAAAUGUUUAUUUUAAAUACCCUAAAACAAGAGAUAUUCUAUCUAAAAUGAAUCAAAAUUGUAAUGAAAUAAAGCUAAAUAACACUGACAAAAGCCGCUAGGUAAUUUAAACAGACGUUAAAGAUUUUUCUUAAAACCUAGCUUUAUAAAAGUAAUAGUCUGAAAGAGAUUAUGCCUUGAAAGAUAUUUCCUUUAAUAUUAAAUAAGGUCAAUUUGUUUCCUUUGUUGGAAUGAGUGGAAGUGGUAAAUCUACUAUCGUUAAGAUAUUAUAAAGAUUUUACGAUGCGGAUUCUGGAACUAUUUUAAUGGAUAAUAAAAAUGUGAAAGAUAUACCAAUUUCCAAAUUGAGGAGAAGUAUAGGUAUAGUUAGCUAAGAGCCUAUUUUAUUUGAUAAUGAUAUAGAAUACAACAUAACCUAUGGUUUAUAGACUAUGGAGUAUAGCCAAGAAGAUCUUUAGCAUAUAUGUGAUGCUUCAGGAGUAAGCGAGUUUGUAUUUGAUAAAGAAAGAUUUCCAUAAGGAUUGAAAACUCUUAUAGGUACUAAAGGUGUGAAACUCAGUGGUGGAUAGAAAUAAAGAGUUGCUAUAGCAAGAGCAUUAAUGAAAAAACCUACUAUCCUUAUUUUAGAUGAGGCUACUAGUUCUUUAGAUUCUGAGAGUGAAUCUGAAGUUUAAAAAUAUAUUAAUUAGUUAGCUUGCAAUAAAGAGAUUACAAUAAUAGUUGUGGCUCAUAGAUUAAGUACAAUCAUAAAAAGUGAUAUUAUUUUUGUAAUGGAGAAUGGAUAAAUUAAAGAAAUGGGUAAGCAUUCUUAAUUAAUAGAAAAGAAUGGCGGAAUUUAUUAGAAUCUUUUUAAUUUAUAAGUCAAUUUUUAAAAAAAUACUUAAAUUCUUUGA